UCAAGAUAAUCUGAAAUAUUAUAGUAUACUAUAUUAUAUACUAUACAACUAACAGUUACUGUAAUUAAACUAAUUAUAAUUAUUGGUGAAUUUAAUACAGAAACACAUUCACAAAUGAUAAAACAACGAACUACUAUAUUCAAUCCCAAUGAAAGUAAUGAUGAUGUAGUGUCAAGUAUCGAAAGAAAUCAAGUUGUUUUCAAGACUGGAUCGGCUGAUAACAGUACGACUCCAUUUAUUGUGGAGAACAAGAUAACUGUACCAUUAGAUCAAACUCUUAUAUCUCAAUAUAAUUUAAUUAAGCAAGUUAGAAUUCAAACAUCUGAUGAAUCUGUAACUGAUGAUGUUGUGUUUACUUAUAAAUUCAAUCAUGGAACUAACAUCUAUAUACUUCCAAAGAAUGUUCAUAAUCAAGAACAGCAAGCUCAAUUCUAUGAACAAGUCAAUGAUCUCUUGCAACAUUUAUUAAAUAUAGAUGUUAAGAGUGAAAAUUGGAUAAGAAUCACCAAUUCACUUUACUAUCAUGAUGAGUCUCCUAGAACCUUGAGUCUUGAUUGGUUUAGUCAAGUUGAUGACUUAGUAGACAGUCACACUUAUGAUAUUUUCUUCAAUAACGAUGACAGUGAAGGAAAUGCAUCAAUUGUCCUUAAACAACUUGCCCAUUUACCAUAUUCCACCGAUUAUACAAUUAAAUUGAAAGAUAAUAUACGUAAAGAGAUAGGUUUAUUCAUCAUUGAUAAAGUGAUUAGCUCUCCAGAUGAUAUUGUUUUAUCAGGCAUAAGAGCAAUUCUAAAUAAGGAAGAAGCAGAACUGGAUGAAGAGUAUAUUUUUAAAACAUUAUUUCAUAUUAAACCAAGACACAGAAUCGUUGAUGGUUUAUCGGACAGCAGAAUUGUCGAAAAUGGUUUACACCCUAUUAUUAAGUCUACCUUUAAUUCAUUUGAAGAGAAGCAAGAUAGUGAUGUCAUUGAGUGUAAGUUAUACUAUUACAUUAACCUUAACAAGUCAUUGAUUUUUGAUAAAUAUCAAUCAAUACCAGUUGGAGCUAAUUUAAUAGUCAAUAAUGGUGUAUCAAAUCUUGAAUUACCAGAAUAUAAGAUAAGUGAAUGGGGAAAUGAAAUACUUUUUGAAUUUGAUAAUAUUACCACCAAUAAUAUAGAAUUUACAGUUCAUUCUAGAUAUCAAUUGCCCAGUAAUAUUACCAAUUCCACAGUUAUUCAUAAUUCAUUACCACAAUUGUUCUACGCAUGUAAUGUACGUGAUGAUUAUCUCUUAGAUAAAUCACCAUUUGAUACAAAAUUGAGCAUUGGAGGAAACUACGAAACAUAUUUCACUGGUGAUACUGUGUUUUAUCAUAUAGACCAUACAUCUAAUUCGUCUAUCGUUGUUAAUAUUCCUAAUGCCAAUGAUUCCAUAGACAGAAUAAGUACAAUAUCUAUUCUUACUGUAUUAUUUGGAGUUGGAAUUAUUUUAUUCCAACUCUUUAGGGUUAUUUUUAGAGCUCCAAAAGUAACUGCUACUAGAAAGAAUGAAUAGAUCAUUAAUGCAUUUUAGAGUAUAUAUUAUUCAGUCAUUAAUAGAACGACUUUAAUAUAGUAUACUAUAAUUAAAAACUAAUUAAACUAUAUAUAUUAUAUAUUAGUAAGUGGUCCGCAUGGUUAAGCGCAAUUACUCCAGGGCUUUGAACCUCAAC